GUGGCAUUGGCAAAACUACCAAUAUGUACUGGCCUUUCUCUUUGCCAUUGAGGAGAUUAACAAGAGCGCCCAUUUGCUUCCCAACCUUUCCCUGGGUUAUGAUAUCUACAAUGCAUUGCCCCAUCACCAAAAGACCUUACUGAGUGCUCUGUAUAUGCUCUCUGGAGAGAAUCAGACUCUGCCUAACUACAACUGCCAGCGACAGAAACAAUGUGUGGCCAUCAUUGCAGGAAACGUGCCAACAUUUUCAUCUCAAAUUGGAACGCUUUUGGAGCUCUACAAAAGCCCACAUGUCACAUAUGGUCCAUUUGAUCCCAUCCUAAGUAAAGACCGGUUUCCAUCAGUUUAUCACAUGGCCACCCAGGACAGACCUCUGGCUCAUGGAAUCACCUGGUUGUUGCUCCAUUUUGACUGGACAUGGAUUGCACUCUAUGUAGCUGAUGGUAUGCAAGGAGAGGCAUCCCUUCAGGAUCUAAAGGCAGAGAUGAUAAAAAAGGAGAUCUGUGUGGACUUUACAGAAAGGCUCCCUGCUACAACAGGUGGCUAUGUACUGUAUGAUUUCAAUUUUAUAAUUAGGAUCAGAAUUUCAUCUGCAAAUGUGUAUAUAAUACUUGGUGAUGAAGGGAGUGUCUGGAGCCUGAUUAUGGCAGAAGAAUUCUAUUUAAUUUUGGGAAAGGUGUUGGUCAUAAGAAAUCUCUUCUCAUCAAAGUGGGAAGACGUUUUGGCUGCCAAUUUAAAGCAACAAUACAUUUUCCAUGGGAGUCUCUUAUUUUCAAACAAGAAAAGAAAAAUCCCUGGCUUCAAACAAUUUCUCAAAAGAGUCAACUCUUCCCAAUACCCAGAAGACUUUGUACUUAGUAAACUCUGGAUAGAGUCUUUUAAUUGUUCACUUUCUGGAUCACUAUGUGGCAAAAUUGGAGACUGCCCACCAAAUUCUUCCUUAGAGUUUAUACCGUCUCAGGUGGACAUGAUGACUCUGGUUGACUCCAGCUUUUUUAUCUAUAAUGCUGUAUAUAUGGUGGCUCAAGCUCUUCAUCAGAUCUUUUCACAGAAAAUAGAAAUGGGAUAUCUAGGAGAUUCAGGCCAGUCUGUGCUUCCUCCCUGGCAGCUUCAUCCAUUUCUGAGAAAAAGCCAAUUUAUAAACAACACUGGGUACAGCACUGCCAUCGAUGAGAAAGGAUACGUGACACAUUAUGAUAUCCAAAACAUUGUGAAUCUUCCUAAUCACAGAUGGCUACUGGUUAAUGUAGGAGACUUUGUCUACAGAAACUCCCAAGAUCAAAGCUUGGUCAUCAAUGAAGAAAUGAUAAAAUGGCCUGUUAUUUACAAAGAGACUCCUAAAUCCGUGUGUAGCCAGAACUGUGGUCCUGGAUUCCAAAAAAUUCCCCAAGAAGGAAGACCAUUUUGCUGUUUUACUUGUGUUGUUUGUCCAAAGACAGAUAUUUCAAAUCAAUCAAAUGCAGAGCAGUGUAUGCAGUGCCCAGAUCAAGAAUAUCCAAAUAGUGAAAAAACUCACUGCCUCCCCAAGUCUGUGACAUUCCUGGCUUUUGAGGAUUCUAUGGGAAUGGCCAUGGCCUGUACGGCUCUGUGUUUCUCUACGGUCACAGCUGUGGUUUUGGGGGUCUUCGUGAAGCACCAAAACACUCCCAUUGUCAAGGCCAAUAACCAUGUUCUCAGUUUUAUCCUGCUCAUCUCCCUCCUCCUAUGCUUCCUCUGCUCCUUGCUUUUCAUUGGGCAUCCUAACACAGUCACCUGCAUCCUCCAACAAGUCACAUUUGCACUAGUGUUCACUGUGGCUAUUUCCACAGUUUUGGCCAAAACCAUUACUGUGAUUCUGGCAUUCAAGGCCAGGAAGCCUGGAAGAACAAUGAAGCGCCUGCUGCUGUCGGGGACUUCUAACUCUGUCAUUCCCAUUUGCUCCCUGGUGCAAGUGAUUAUCUGUGGAAUCUGGUUGGGAACAUCACCCCCUUUCAUUGAUAUAGACUUACACUCUGAGCCCACAAACCUCAUCAUCAUGUGCAACAAGGGUUCAGUCACUGCCUUCUACUGUGUCCUGGGAUACCUGGGCUUCUUGGCUCUGGGGAGCUUCACUGUAGCUUUCCUUGCCAGAAACCUGCCUGACACAUUCAAUGAGGCCAAGUUUCUGACGUUCAGCAUGCUGGUGUUCUGCAGUGUCUGGGUCACCUUCCUCCCUGUCUACCACAGCACAAAGGGGAAGUUCAUGGUGGCUGUGGAGGUCUUCUCCAUCUUGGCCUCUAGUGCAGGACUCCUAUGCUGCAUCUUCAUCCCUAAGUGCUACAUUAUUCUGAUAAGACCUGAGAGGAACUCCUUGCAGAGUUUAAAAAAACAGAAGAGGUUCCAAACGAAACAG